AGUGCAGACUCCAUCAUGAACUCUAAGGUCCUCAUUUUCUUCGGCCUCCUGGCCUUGGCCGUAGCUGACAGGCGCCCCUAUGCCUUCAGACGUUCGAGGGACUUCUCCGACGAAUCCUUCGAGUCGAGCGAGGCCCGCUACAACUUCAACUGGGCCGUGAGCGACGAGUUCGGACACCAGGAACAACGCGACGGAGACAACACCAGGGGAUCUUACUUCGUCCACCUCCCCGACGGCCGCCUGCAGAAGGUGACCUACUUCGUCGACGGUGACUCCGGCUACGUCGCCGACGUGUCCUACGAAGGAGAGGCUCGCUUCCCCGACUCCUACGAAUCCUUCGAGUCCCGUGAAUCCCGCAGAUACGGCUAGGACCUUCUAUCUCCCUCCCUCCUUCCUGGAGUUCGACUGCUUUGUCCCCCCCACAACGAAGACACUUGUUAGUACCUGGUUGCUAAACAGAGGCGAACAUUCGUCAGGUUUUAGCUUCAAUUUAGUAAUGUCUUUCCUUAAGUUAUAUUAUUCCCAAGUCUAAAUGAUUCUUCAUCAUGAUGAUUAUUUAUUCAAAUAGAUUAGAUUCACGCCGAUAA